AAUGACGCUUUAGUCUUCCUGAUACCUAGGAUCCGUCGACAUGAAUUUCGUCGUCGUAGUACAUGGAGGUGGAGCCAGCAGUAUCGCCAAGGACCGCAAAGAGCGGGUGCGACAAGGCAUCAUCCGAGCUGCGACCGCGGGUUACAACAUCCUCAAGGAGGGAGGGAGCGCAGUUGACGCUGUGGAAGGAGCCGUGACCGUCCUGGAAGAUGAUCCAGAGUUCAACGCAGGUUGUGGAUCUGUCUUGAACACAAAUGGUGAAGUUGAAAUGGAUGCUAGUAUCAUGAGUGGAAAAGACCUGUCUUCAGGAGCCGUGUCUGCAGUCCAGUGUAUCGCAAAUCCCAUUAAACUGGCACGGCUUGUUAUGGAAAAGACACCUCAUUGCUUCCUGACUGACCAAGGCGCAGCAAAAUUUGCUGCAGCCAUGGGGAUUCCAACAGUACCUAGGGAGCAGCUAAUAACAGAGAGAAACAUAAAACACCUACAAAAAGAGAAGCAGGAGAAAUGUGCUCAGAAACCAGACCAACAAAAAAACUUGGGAACCGUGGGUGCUGUUGCCUUGGACUGCAAAGGAAACGUGGCGUACGCAACCUCGACAGGGGGCAUCAUAAAUAAAAUGGUUGGCCGAGUUGGGGACACGCCGUGUAUAGGAUCUGGAGGUUACGCUGACAAUGAAAUUGGAGCCAUUUCAACAACAGGGCACGGGGAAAGCAUCCUGAAGGUGAAUCUGGCCAGACUCACUCUCUUCCACGUAGAACAAGGAAAGACGUUAGAAGAGGCUGCUGACCUGUCAUUGGGUUAUAUGAAGUCAAAGCUCAAAGGUUUAGGCGGUGUCAUCUUGGUCAGCAAAGCAGGAGACUGGGCAGUAAAGUGGACCUCUGCAUCCAUGCCCUGGGCGGCCGCCAAGGACGGCAAGGUGCACUCUGGCAUUGAUCUCGGCGAGACCUGUACCACUGACCUGCCCUGAGCCCCUGGAAGACUGUAUUCUAGAUGCUAGCUUGGAGGUAAAGUACAGUUUUCUGUUGUAGAGACUUAGCUUCCUCAAUUAGAUCUAGAAAUGGAAAAAUUCUAUAGUCUGUCACUCA